CUCGUCUAUACUCGAAGUAAUCGAUAUUUUGUUGAUAACACAUGUAUUUGCAAAUAGACAAUGCUUUACAGUACGGUGGUUUUAGUAAUUGUUGUUAUUUUUAUUGAUCUUGUUCUUACUAAUGUGGAUAAAAAAGAUGCAUCAGUUAUGAAAAUCAAAAUUAAUCUAGACACCAAUGAGCCUGAGCCAUUACAAGAUGGACGUCGCCGUUACAACAGCGGAGAAAAGCAAACGCUAAGAAUCCGCAACGAUUAUCUAUCGAGCCUCAAUAGUAAUAGAAAUAGUUUACGAAUUCGCGGCGGAAAUACAACUGAUACAAAGAAUUAUCCGUACAUGGCUGCGAUUAUAAUAAAUGGUAGACUGUGGUGUGCGGGGACUAUUGUUGAUGUCAAUUGGGUGCUGACGGCUGCACAUUGUCUUAAUUAUGUCCUUCACGUCGCACCCAUGAAGACUUUAGGGCAAUAUGUGAAAAUCAGGGUGGGUAGCGCCCGUCCUCAUGAGGGAGGGACGCUGGUAAAUGUAGCAGGAGCAAUUCGACAUCCCAAAUUUGAAGAGGAACCAGUACCACACGCUGACAUAGCCUUGCUGAAACUCUCGGAAAAUCUUGAAUUUCAUCAGCACAUAAACCUUAUCAGAAUAUACGACGGAAUGAAGGAGCCCUUUGCACAGAGCUUCGUGUCUGUAACGGGUUGGGGAGCUACACGUGGUUCAGAUACAUCGUUCCGCGAUCACACACCGGAUCUUAUGACAGCUCGGCUUAAGGUGCGCACACGCAGCUACUGCAGUGACGCAUAUCAGCUCGUCAAUGGUUUUCAGUUCACGCCAGAUUUCUUUUGUGCCUCGUUGAGAAAUGGUACAAGAGAUGCAUGUUUGUUCGAUGCCGGAGCCCCGGCCGUGCAACACAAUCGACUUAUGGGAGUCAUGAGUUUCGGACCAGAGCGAUGCGGGCACGAAUACCAACCGGCAGUUUUCAUCAAGGCUUUUUAUUUUAGAGAUUUCGUAAAACACACAAUAUCAUCAUACAAAACGACCGCUGAACUGAUAGAAGCUAUGCAAGACAUAGACCCGGUGAUCCGCCCACCGGUUCACGUGCUAGAGGACGGACCGGAGUACAAUCCAGAAGAAGUUACGCAUCCCGAUAAUAGACACGAUUGAUAUAUUCUAUUAAUUAAAAAUCUUAAUCAAAA